GACUGUCUGCUGUGAUGAAGCCUGUAGUUCCGGACUCCGCCAGCAGGAGGCGCGGGGCGGGGAGGCGCUCUGCGGAGCAGCCGCCGACGGACCAGCAAAGAAGAAGAAGAAGCGGCGUCUCCCGGGACGAUGGUCGCUGCUGUGUCCGCUUCAGGCGCUCUGGUCCCGGAUAAACCUCCACACACUGACCCGCUGCAGCGCCGAACCCAGAACCGAACCGAGCAUAACUGAUCCGAGUCCAGCAUGAACGAAGCGGCGGGUCUCCGGUUCCGGAGGCUGCACAGACCGACGGUGAUCACCGACGAGCUGCCGGAGCUGCGAUACAAGGGAGCCGGAACCUACAGCAGUAAAGUGUUCCAGGUGACGCUGGUGUCGCUGGGCGGCUUCCUGCUGCUUCCUCUCCUCGUCAUCAUCCUCAUCCUCGAGUCUCCCAUUCAGCCCGAAGUCUUCAGGUCAGCAGCGUGUCCUAGUCGGGCUCUCCAGGUUCUGAACGUGGCCGCUGAAAUACAUUCAGCACAAACACAGAAAGCAGUUUGUGUCCCUGAAGAUAAAACACGUCCCAGCUCUGAGCAGAACACCAAGACGUGAUGGUUGAUCUUCUCCAGCAGCAGAUUGAUUCUAAAAAUAGAUCCAGACAAAAACAAGAUAACGUUGAAUCAGUCAACGAUGAAGUCACAGCAUCCACAGAAAAGAGCUGUUUAUGAACGUAAACGGUAAAGUUGAGAAAAAAAUGAUAAUGACCAGGACCAUAGGAGACGACCUGAAGAUGAGCAUCGUGUUUAAAACGAGGUCGUCACCGUGAGAGGAAAAGUCCAUAAAUGUAGAAUUAUAAGUUUUAUUAUUUACAGACUGUUUUUGCCAAAUGCAGGCAAAAGUCUGAACAAAGAGACGAAGAAAGUCUGAGAUAAAAAUACACAAAC